ACCCACUAUGAGGGGGCCUGCUGAAAACUCGAUUCUCCCCGUUCCCGCAUCAUCACAGAGCAUCGCCGUGUCUUAUUCAUGCCGCCGGACCUUCCUCUGUGCUUGGCGUAAGGCAGAUGGUUGCGUCAGCAUCAGGGAAGGGAGAUCUGGUACCUCAACAAGCAGGGAGAAAAUACGAUCAAACAGCUUGUGGGUUGAGACAGGGGCAGGGAGAUCUCUCACCAGCUACCAUCCCAGCUUUUGGAAGACGAAGUCAAUUUAUUGCCAGUUAAUGACAGGGUUGAACAGUGAAAACAAAGCAAAUCUAAAACCACUUUUCUCCUACAACCUCUACUCUCAAGGCUCAACUUUAUGCCUGAAACUUCAACCUCCUCCCCCCAAGAUGAGCAGGAGGGACAGGGGAUGGGGCUGUGGUCAGUCCUUAAUGUUUCGUCUCUGCUGCUCCUCCAUGGCCACUGUCUUCCCCCAUGGAGGGUGCUGCUGAAUCCAGAACUGAUCCUGUGUGAGCUUCCCACAGGCUGCAGCGCUCCAAGCCCUGCCCCAGCACGGCUUUGAAGCGUGAGGUGUAUCUGUCAGGCACUGCUCCACACAGGUCCCCGUGGCUGGCAGCUCCCCCUGGCCUCCGCCCCCACCGCGGGCUGCUCUCUGUGGGCUGCAGCUCCAGCCCAGGGCUGCUCCAUGUGCUUUGGCCUCCUCCAGGCCUCGUCCACUGCUGCACCGUGGGCUCCUUCCUGGCUGUGCACGGAGGUCUGCCCUGCGCAGUGCCCACGGGCUGCAGGGGGACAGCCUGCUCCACCACGUGGAGCAGAAGUGGCUGCAGAGACAUUUAAUGCCUUCCCCACCACUGUCUUCAAGGUGGAUGAUGAGCUCUGGGAAACCCAGAGACAUCAGUUGGAGGACUGUGACUGCGGUAAGAAUAAACCCCCAGACAACCCCAAACUUGUGUAGGGUUUGCUGCUGCAGCUGGAUGCAUGCAAGUCUACGAGACCCGCACGGGUUCAUCCCGUGGAACUGCAAGGAGCUCCGUAGGACUCCAUUUCAGGGCCAGCUGUCUUUCACGUUUUCCGCCAUGGGUUGGACACAGGAAUUGAAAGUAUAGGAGACAACUCUGUGAAUGACGCUGAGCCGGGAGGAACUGUUGAUUCCCUGAGGGUGCGCAGGCCUUGCAGAGAGACCUGGACAAACUGAGGGGCUGCUUUUAUAAUUUCUUUGGGGAGCCCAGGUGUCUGAUCACGCAUCUUUGAAUCAUGGCUGGCGAUCAGUUUCCUUUUAUAGAUUUCUUGCAAUUGUUUUUUAGCCCUAACCUGCAUGGUUUCCGCUGGAGCCCUCGGGUACACGUAAGACGUUCAGGCAGCACAUGCUGCCAGCGCGGAUCCAGGUCUCAUUACCCAGCCAAGCCAAUUGAAUGCUGUGAAGCACACCUUCCAAAAUACGGAUUAAAGGAACCUCGGCUCUGAUAACAGCACACAAGCACAAGAUUUUGUUUGCUUUUGAUUUAAUAGCAUAUCUUUCUCUUUUAGUAACACUUGCGGUGAUGCAUGAAUAAACAGAAGCACUCUAUUAAAAAAUGUCCGAUGCAACCAAAAUUCUCCCCGGGAGGAUACUGUGGAAGACCGUGCUGAAGUCUAGGUAGACUACCUCAGCAGCCUUUCCCUCAUCUACCCAUCCGGUCACACGGUCAUAGAAGGAGAUGACGUUGGGCAAGCACAACCUGCCUUUCACGAGCCCGUGCUGGCCGGGCCCGAUCCCCUGCAUGUCAUGCACGUGCCGUGUGAUGUGUACGGAGAUGAUUUGCUCCGUAACUUUCCCCGGUACCGAGGUCAGGGAAGAGACAGGAGAGAGGAGAGUGGAGCAGUGCAGCGGUGCGGCUGUGCUUGUGACAGCAGCAGACGCGUCACAGCGGGGGGGCGGGGCGUUGUCAGGAGGCUGUCAGAGUAGAGGCAGCGCUGCGGCACUUUGGCCUAGGCCUUCGAUAGCGCAACGUACGCUGGCCGCUGGCGGCAGCGACCAGCAAAGUUCCAGCAGCGAGGAGGAGGACGAGGAGGAGGACGAGGAAGAGGAAGAGGAAGAGGACAGUGACUUGGACGAGACACGCGACGUAGACAGAGUUUGGGCCGACAGCACCCAGUGGCCAGCGCCACACGCGGCCGGCAAGUGCCAGCUGGUGGAGGAGCUGGUGGACGACCUUCUUCGUGCCUGCCGAGGAAAGACGUGCCACAGCUUCGUGCCCCGGCUGCAGCCGGCCAUCGGGGUGGCCUGCGUCUGUGAAGGAUGGAGUGCCCAGGAAGACAACGUCAUCUACCGCCUGCUCGUGCCCAUGAGAGCUCCCCCCGGGCACGCCUUCCGUGUGGAGCUGGGCAACCCAAAGGAGACACCAAAAAGCAAGAAGUCCUGUCUGCGUGUGGAGCUGGAGUGCAUGUGUGCGAGGGAGCGGCUGCUGGGGGACAUGCUCUGCUUUCUCCACCACACUCGGAGGGAGCUGAGAGAAAACCAGGAAGCCAGCCUCCUCAACACCUUGUGCAGGGCCUCCUAUCUGGACGUGCGGAAAACCACGCGCUGGUUCCAGAACCGGGUGAAAGCAGCCUGGAAUUGUCUGCCUCAGUCGCGUGACUGGGGCCUGGAGCUGGUGCCCUCCGACCACUCCUGCAAGAUCAAGCUGACCCCCCCCUCCAAGAGCACCUUCACCAUCGAGAUGACUCUUGGGGUGCAGCUUGAUGAGUCGGGCACGUUCCUGAGCUUUGACUAGGCUCAGGCUAUGCUUCUGUCUUCUUCUCUGUCUCUGUCUUCCCAAGUAUGUCCUUCUCUCUCUUAAAUAAAAUUAAUAGUAGUAUUAAUCAUA